CAAUUUAAAGAUGAUUAACACGAAGCCCAAUUUUACAGACCUCCGGACAACAAAAUAACAUGUCCUCGUAUUACUGGAGAAUCCAAAUCAUUAACAGGUGAAAGAAAUUAGCUUCGCUUAGCUUGCCCUCACUCAAGAACCGGCAGCAAAACUUAACGGACCGCAUCACCACAAAGCACAAAACUCCUUCCCAACCAAAAACCCCUAAAACCUCAACCGAACUUUGCAAAGUCACCCAAAAAAAAAAAAAAAUAAGUGUAGCAGAAACAAAGCAAAAUAAAGAGAUGAAUAAAGAAGAAGAAGAAACUGGAGCACCAAACAGAGAACUCUACGCAGUGCUUCAAGUCUCACCGGAGGCUACUGAUGAAGAAAUUAGAAAAGCUUACCGGCAUUGGGCUCAAGUUUACCAUCCUGACAAGUAUCAGGACUUCCAUUUGAAGGAAAUAGCUACUCAGAAUUUUCAAAGGAUAUGUGAGGCAUAUGAAAUAUUAUCCGACGAAGUUAAAAGGCAAAUAUAUGAUAUAUAUGGUAUGGAAGGAUUAAAGUCUGGUCUGGAACUUGGUCCAAAGCUUAAUAAACCUGAAGAGUUAAAGGAAGAACUUGAAAGAUUAAAAAAGAGGAAAGAGCAAGAAAAGAUGGCUGCUCAUUUUCGACCUUCUGGAACAAUUUUGGCCAACAUAUCUUUGCCUCAGUUUCUUGAUGGUCAUGGCAUAAUGAGAGGAAUGGCUAUGUCUAGUGAAGUUCAUUCACAAUUAUCGAAACGUAAUACCAUUGCUAUUGGUGGAAACUUGGAAGUUCAAGAAACUGCUGGUGGUGCAGCUGCUAGUGCUGUGCUUAGGCAUCAGCUUUCUUCUGUUUCUUCUAUAGAAUUUAUGGCCUCAGCUGGUCUACGAGCACUAAUUGGAGUACAAACUACGCGUAAUCUAUCUUUACACUCGACAGCAACAAUUACCAUUGCAAAGUCUUUGAAAGAUGGUUCCAUCAAUCUUUCAAAUACAUGGACCCGGCAACUCUCAGAAACAGCAGAUGGAAAUAUACAGCUUUUGCUAGGUCCAGAAUCAUCUAUAUCAGUUGGAUGGCAAAAGAAGGAUGAAAAGAUGUCUGCUGCUGGAGAGUUGAAGAUCGGUACAAGUUCUUUUGGAGCAUCAGCUCAUUACACUCAUCGCUUUUCAUCAAAGUCCCAUGGUCGUAUUGCAGGCAGAUUUGGCAGCACUGCUCUGGAGAUGGAAGUUGGUGGUGGAAGAAAAUUAUCUGAUUUUAGCACUGUCAGAAUACUGUAUACAGUUGGAAUUCAGGGUAUAUUUUGGAAAUUUGAAUUACAUCGUGGUGGACAAAAGUUAAUUAUUCCUGUAUUGCUGUCGAGGAAUUUAAAUCUGGCAUUUGCAACCGGAGCGUUCUUAGUUCCAACAUCACUCUACUUUAUACUCAAGAAAUUGAUCUUCAAACCUUACUAUCUUCGAAGGGAAAAGCAAAAGGCUUUGGAGAAUAAUGUGAAAACUUCCGCCCAGGUCCAAGAGGCGAGGACAGGGGCAGAAAAAGCUCAGCAAUUGUUACAAAAUGUUGCCAAUAGGAAAAGAAAUAAGCAAGUAGAGACAAAUGGACUGAUUAUUACGAAAGCAUUAUAUGGAAGUCUUAAAGCUCUAAAGAGAAGAGCAGAAUCAACAGAAGUAAAUGGUGAAUUAGUUUCAGAAGUAAUUGAUGUUACCAUACCUCUUAAUUUCCUGGUUAAUGAUUCUGGACGAUUGAAGCUUCACGAGGGUGUAAAGAAAUCGGGCAUUAUGGGCUUUUGUGAUCCUUGUCCUGGAGAAACUAAGCAGUUAUAUGUUGAGUACACUUGUGGUGGCCGAGCAUUCGAGGUCACAGUGGAUGACUAUGCAGAGCUGUCAAUACCCCAAGAAGCACAUAGAGUCUGAAAUUAUUUUUUAUUUUUAUUUCUCUUUUAAACAGCUACUUGCUAUAAUUUAGACGCUGGUUACCUCUUGCAAUUUUGUUUUACCUUCUGAGGUAACUUGCAACGCAAAUGACUUCCUUUUCCCAUCAUUCUGGUUACAUGAUCUUCUUUUGCAUGUCUAAAUAAGGGCACCAAUAUGAUUUUUCUCGUGUAACAUUUUCUAAUAAAAUUUUAUAUUUCUUUACUUUUUCCA